GGCGCGGCGCGGCGCGCAGGCGCGGCGGGCGGGUUUCCCGGGGCUACGGCCGGCGCCGCGCCCGCUGUCCGCCGCCGGCGCCAUGGCGGGCUGCGCGGCGCGGGCUCCGCCGGGCUCCGAGGCGCGGCUCAGCCUGGCCGCCUUCCUGCUGGGCGCCUCGGUGCUGGCGCUGCCGCUGCUCACGCGCGCCGGCCUGCAGGGCCGCACGGCGCUGGCGCUCUACGUGGCCGGGCUCAACGCGCUGCUGCUGCUGCUCUACCGGCCGCCGCGCUACCAGAUCGCCGUGCGAGCCUGCUUCCUGGGCUUCGUGUUCGGCUGCGGGGUGCUGCUGAGCUUCAGCCAGUCUUCUUGGGAUCACUUUGGCUGGUACAUGUGCUCGCUGUCCCUGUUCCACUAUUCCGAGUACCUGGUCACGGCGGUCAACAACCCCAAGAGCCUGUCCCUGGACUCCUUCCUGCUGAACCACAGCCUGGAGUACACCGUGGCGGCCCUGUCCUCGUGGGUCGAGUUCACCCUGGAGAACCUGCUCUGGCCAGAACUGAAGCAGGUCACCUGGCUCAGCGCCAUGGGCCUGCUGAUGGUGGUCUUCGGAGAAUGCCUGAGGAAAGCAGCGAUGUUUACGGCCGGUUCCAACUUCAACCACGUGGUGCAGAAUGAGAAAUCAGAAACGCACACGCUGGUGACGAGCGGGGUGUACGCCUGGUUCCGGCACCCUUCUUACGUGGGCUGGUUUUACUGGAGUAUCGGAACCCAGGUGAUGCUCUGCAACCCCAUCUGCGGCGUGGGCUACGCGCUGACGGUGUGGCGGUUCUUCCGCGACCGGACGGAGGAGGAGGAGAUCUCGCUGAUCCACUUCUUCGGCGAGGAGUACCUGGAGUACAAGAAGCGGGUGCCCACGGGCCUGCCCUUCAUCAAGGGGGUCAAGGUGGAGCUAUGACCCCGGGCCACGGCGCCUCCACUCUGCGCAGCCGGACAGAACGGCCUCCGCCGGCCGCGGUGCAGGAUGGAUUUUCUUAACCACUUUAUACUCACCACUUCCUCUUCGGGACAUCCCCAAAGACCAAAGGUCAGAGGCCUUAGGACCAAAGGACCCUCCCCAACUUCCCUGAGCAGUCUGUUCUCGGGCUGAAUCAAGGUGGGACGAGGAUGAGGUGAACUGGGAGCAGAUUAAUAGCAAUGUCAGCAGUGCGCCAGGCGAGCCGGGCUGCAGGGGCCCAGCGGCCCCGUGAGGCCUCGCCAGGUUUGGGCUGUAACCAGCCCCCCCCCCCCCCCCGGGAGGUGGACCCCGUACCCAGAAUCAGGUUUCUUCCGCCGGAAGGGGCGUAGGCACCCGGCCUUCUAGCAUUAGAGACACAUUUUAACGGGAACACGAGCAGCACAGCCCUAACCUCCUCAUUCCCAUCCUCCGUGGACCAUGAGCAUCUGUCCAGUUUUAAAGACACGUCCUGAUGAGGCGCUCCACAUGGUUAUCCUCUUUACACACCUGUCUGUAUGAGUGGCUGGGCGUCAACAGCUCCAGCUCUUACCUGGCAGAAAGGAAGCAUCCACACCCAGGCAGGCGGCGCUGUGUCACCAGGUGCCCCGGGCCCCUGCCCGUCUCCCCGGUGGGGCUGCCGUCGGUGGCAGGCAGUCCGAGAUGUGUUCUUCCUGGGCGCCUGCUGUGUGCGAGGCCAGGUCACACGGGAAGUGCUGCUCUGUGCCAAUUGGGGUCUGUUCUUCCUUUACCACAGUGUGUAGUUUUAUGUUUGAUUGAAAUCUAUUAACUAUUGGUUUUUAUGUUCUGUUCUCAAUUUCAUUGUCCCAAACGGGCUUCCAAAGGGUUGUGGGCGCUCGCACAGCCACACAGUGCAGGCGGCUCGGGAGAGUCUUACGUAGAGCAGAUGGUCCCGACCGAGAGUCAGUCCUAGCUUUGUCUUUCCAGUUCAGGGAGAGUGGCUGUCUGUAGGAGCCUAAACACAGAGCUGUGAAGACCCUCGUUUAACCUGGACUAGACAGGAGCGUGGUCUGUGGGAUCCUUCCGCGCAGGGCGGCGGCAGCGCCAGCGCCGGGACCGCGAACGUGGAGCCGGACUGCUGCGGAGCACAGACCCGUGGCCUCCGAGGAGCCACUACCUUUCCGUGCCUAGACCUCCCCAUCGAGAAUGGGGUCAAUACCGCCUACCUCAGGGGUGUUGUGAAGACUCAGAAGAACGUCCCACGUUUUUAACGCUUAGGUGACAGAGGACGCUGGAAUCUGUGCCGUGUGAGACUGCGCAAAAAGGACAUUCGGUUAACAGUACCGGAUGCCGGAAUGUGUGUGCAAGAGCAUUUACCAACUCAAAUAGUAUUCAUUUCUAGAUUUCACGGCCUCAUUCGUCCUUCCGUCAUUGUAUGUACCAAAGAGGUGCGGGUUCGCAGACUGGUGUGAGGACCAGGCCCCUGCCCUGGGCCUCCGCAGGGCGUGUGGUCAGACGGCCACGCCUCCGUCGGGUCCGGGCCAGCCUGUUCCCCAGGCCGCGCUGGCUGAGGUCAGCUCCGCUUAGGACUGCAGGAUGGGGGGCGGGGGGGGGGGGGCACCCCCAGCUCUUUGAGGUAAACUUCCUGCCGCGUGGAGCCACAUCUGAUGACACUUCCUGGGCCAUGGGUCUGUCUCCUGAGCAGCUGAGAGCAGCUCUGAGGGCCCGGCUCUGGGGGGAUUGUGUGAUGAUCUGUUCUCCCCUCCCCCACCAGAGUUCAGGAGCUCAGGCCUGGGGGCUGGCAUUCUGCUGGGCUUUUCCAGGGCAGGGGGAGGCGGGGAGAACAUGGCGCCCUCCUUUGCAAUCCCGGGCGGGCGGGCGGGCAGGCGGCGUGGGGUUACCUCGGGAUAGAAGGUGACCCGGGGAGGGACAGGGUUUGGCAAGUGGCUGGCUUUCAUCCGGUCCUGGGUUGUCGGUUAUUUUUAACCUCUCAGAUGUAGCAGGACGGCCCACAGGGCAGGGAAUCGGAUUAAUGAGGUGCAGGCUGUCUGGGUACUUCUCCCCCUCCACCCCCACCUACCUGGGCCAAGGCCAUAGCCGCUGCCCUCGAAUUAAACCGCCAGGAGAUUUCUCCUCCCAUUGCGGCUUCUUACGGGGACACAGGCACCGCGCAGAAUAACGCUGUGAGGGAGAGCCGGCCAGGCCGGAGGCAGAAGGCAGCUCCCACAGUCCUCCUGGUGCGCUGCUGGAGCCUCGGAGUGCAGGCCACCGGCCCGCCAGCCUCUCCGCACGGGGGAUGACUGACGGGAGGAUUCCCAGACCAGUGAUACAUCGCAUCCACAGGCGAGGCGCAGUGAGGCUUCCGCCACGGCUCAUCUGUGGUAACCGUCGCUCCGUCACGGUGCACUAAGCUACCCACUGUCCCUUCUCUGCACUUUCCCACCCACUGCCUUAGAUGGCUGCCCCCUCCCACCGUGUUUGCUUAGAGACGUGGCCAGGGUAGGCGGCCCGGGCAUCGCUGCUCGGUGGGACCUGCUCUGAGCUCCUGGCCUGGGGCACUGGCCGUCCCAGCCUGGUCACCGGCGGCCGCUCUGGGGAAGCCGGCCUAGCGAGGAGAACUUACUGGAGUAAUUAUUCUACUCUUCUUUCUACACACAGAAAUGUUUAAAUAUUUUAAAUUGGAUUUUCUCUCACAGAAACUGAUAUUCUUUCCAAAUCUGAAAUAAAACUGUACUCAGCUUCACUACGAA